CGCAAUGUAUCGUAAACAUGGCAGAAGUGACUUCUGAGUGGGAGGUAGACCAGUUACUAGGUUUACGGAUGUUUCCCUCAGGAGAGCCACAAGAUAUGGAUCCUAACAGAAAGUAAACCAUUUUGCUUGUUACAGUAGGGUGAUAUAAGAUGGAACUGCUAGAGCUGGCAAGGCAGUUGAAGCAGGAGCAGCUCUUUGUUAAUGCAGAGAAGACACAAAUCCACAAUCUGUAUGAAGAAGCCAAGAGAGUGGCGGAGGAUCUUUAUCAUGAAUCGUGGAUUGUCCGACAGCAGAGAGUAUGUCUGGAGCAGCUACAGGCCUCCGCCACCAACAUGACUCCCAAGGAAUGCUACUCUCAAACAAACAAUCUAGAAUUUACCAAUUUUGUGGACAGUUACAAACAUCUAAGCUACCAUGAAUCAAAAUAUGGAGAGUUUUUGAAAUUCUUGAAAGAUAAUCAUUUUCUUAUAGCAACUCUCAUUGACAGUGCUGAAAAGGUUUCACAGGAAAGCUUGAGAAAGUUUAUUUCUUUGUCAGUGACAUCCAUUUUUGGGAAUGUAGUUUUUCCAGAGGAUGAGGUCUCUAUGAUUCAGACAGUGAAAUGUCUCGCAGAACUUCAGUUAGCUACAAAUGACAGUCCUAGACUCUUGUUGCGGAAAAAGAACUGUGGGUUUAGUGUGGCAGUUAAGCUGCUAUUCGACUCUCUCUAUUCAGCCAAACUCUUUCUAACGGCAGCUCUUCAUGACCCAGUUAUGAGAUUAUUGAUGGAAGACGAAUGGUUUUAUGAUAUAGAUCCACAGAAGGCAUUGCAUCGCUUUCCUCCACAGGAGCGAAUCAAACGCUUUGGGGAGCCCUCCUCCGCAGAUUACGACAAGAAAUGCAAUGAAUAUAGGAAAUUUAUAGUAGACAAAUUAGUAGUUUUAUCUAAUAGAUUUAUAAUUUCAAUUAAAAACAACAUGCAUUGCUUUCCUUCAAACCUAGCAUGGCUGGUAUCUCAAAUAUAUCUAGCCCUGAUGAAAACGGGGAGGCAUGACGAGGAAAGAGCCCGAGCUGUUUGUGCUGAUUUAGUAUUUUCUCUGUUCAUAUGUCCAGCCAUUGUGGACCCAGAGCCAUAUGGAAUCACAUCCGACAUUCAGAUCAGUCACAUAGCUCGCCAUAAUCUGAUGCAGAUUGCACAAAUAAUACAGGUCCUUGCUGUUUCUCAGUGGGAAGCCGAGUCAAAGGAGAAAGAUCUCUAUGAGAGGUUUGAGAAGGGUUGUAUAACCUCCCUGCUUGAUGUUUUACUUGAUGGGGUGAGGACAGACAUUGUAUCUCCUUCUGCUGUCAACCAAAUGAUCAGUGUAGCAAGGUCAUCUGUACUCAUCACCCUCCAAGAUCUAAAUUUUUUGAUAACCCUGAUACGGUCCUUGUCGUCUAACCUCGGUGAGAGCGCAGAGAAAAAACAGCUGGAGGAGCUCCUCUCGAGAAUCCCCACCCUGCUGAACUGUCUCCCACCCUCCUCCUCACAGGUCAACAGAACACCCCCAGGGACACCUAAAGAAAGAAAGACUCGAGAUAAGAAGCGAGGCCUGCCAGAGGUCUUCAAUGUGCCAUCGCCACAGGAUGAAUCAGUGAAGGAAAUUCUGGUGGUGCCAUUAAAUAUGGACUCGGAGUGUCCAGGAAUGAUGUCUGAACAGAAAGUGUUAUCCAUGGAACAGGAUAACAAACCCAGGCGGGUCAAGUACCAUGAUGUUCCAAAUUACGAGGUAGCUGAGGGAGGGGGAAUGUUUACCUCCAAAAGAACCAGGUUUUCUCUCUCUCAGGACCAAGAAUCUAUUGGAAACACCAGUGAGAUCCAGGAGGCCUUUUCUGAGGCUGCUUCCAGUCACUCUGUUGGCUCUGUUGAAGAAGAUGAUGACAAUGACAACAUGUCCGACAUGAUUUCUGCAAAUGUUAGUGGGCGUGGCACACCUAAUAUCAGUGGCAGAGAUACACCCCUCUCGCAGGCAGGGAGUGUUGAGGAGGCCCCACCCCCUCAGAUGCCACUUCCCGAAAUUCCUCCCCUGCCACACACAGUUCCAAAACCCAACCGAGAAGAUGUCACAGACCGAUUUGGAAAGUUUGAAAUUAGAGCUGACAUUGAAAGAGUGGAAACCAAGUCGACAGUAAGUGAUACAUGGAGUACAGAUGUACUGGCCAGUGACUCGGAACCUCCCCCAGAGGCUAAUCAGUAUGACAGGCUGGAGGAACUGAUACGCAGCAGCUUCCUCCCUCGACAAGAUCAUGUGUCUGAGGUAUCUGAGACAGCCAGUGAUGCCUGGAGUACAGAUGUCCUGGCCAGCGACACAGAGGACAAACAAGCUCUCUCCGAGUUUGAUCAGGAUGAUGUGGGCAGUGUCACAGAUUUGGCAUCAAUAAUGUCGGGGGAUGCAGGGAACUUAGAAAAUGCUGAAGGUCGACGGAGCCCGAGUGAGGAUCUACCCAUUGGACAAGGCCUAGAAGCUGCAGGUGGUGCAGAGGCCACUCCACCACCACUCCCAAACAAGCUUAAGGUCAACAGAAAAUCAGGGAAACCAUCCCCCCACAAUGAUGUGUUUAUGGAGGAUGACCCAUUUCACCUCAGUGAAACUAACAGACUGUCUUUACCUCCCCCGAAGCCUGCCCCAAGGAUACACUCAGCCAGGAAUAAGUCCAGUAAUCUUCUAGCUGUGCCAGAACACAGCUCUAGUCAAAAACAAGGUACACACUCCUCCAUACAAACAUUCAAACCUCUGCUACAACCAGAAAAAUUCCCUCCCUCAUCUCAACAGCAGGACAGGUUACCACUCACUCUACCAGCCGAGCAAACCCAGUCAGACAAAGCACCAAAACCCAUGUCCUCAGCACCACCCCUUGACCUGGAUAAACUCCCUCACCCUGUGCCCUUUCCAGUACAGAGAGACCGCCUUUCUCAUCCCCUACCUAGUGUGCCACCAACUCAACCAGACCGCUUAUCCCUUCCCUCACAGCUCGAUGAUAAUGGCCGUCAGCAAGAAUCCUUACUCACUUUUGAACAAUCAGGCUUUCUUCCUCCUGAGAAAACACAUGAACAAUUUAAAGCACCAGUGCCAACCAGUCAUUCCUCUCCAAAAGUCAAUCACCAGAAUCAGGCAGCAUUUGUUCCUGUAUCUGCACCAAGUAAUACAGGUUUUCUGGCAUUUGAAAACCCAGUAUUUAAUGGUCCAAAACCAACAGAGAGAGUAAGCUGUCCAACUAUAAGUAAUACAAAAAAGGAAUAUGAUGAAAGAAAUCAAGGAAACAAGAAGUCGCGAUCAGCUGUUGUAUAUGGUGCUACCUACAGUUCCUCAGACUCCGGUUUUGGAGGGACUCCUCAGUCCUUGGAGUCCCAGUCCUUGGACUCGUUAAUUGACACCUCCUGUAAUGUCAAGUUCUCUGAGCAGCAAAACACCACAUUUAACACCAAGCGUCUUUCAGCAGCCCUGGCCAUGUUUGACCCAGUUGCCACAGAAACAGUGGGCAGUUCAAGCAACACCUUGAUUGACCUUGAGGACAACAAGGAAGACAGUGAGCAAUCAGCAGUCAAGACUUGGGCAGAUUCAGCUGCUAGUUUACAAAAGACAUUCCAAGUAGAUACUCUGAUUGACCUGAAAGAGGAGGAGUCUAAAGACACACCUCCCAAUCGAUCGAGACAGAACAGCCUGACCAGUGACUCGAGUGGCUCAGAUGGGGUUCCUUUCGCAAAGUCUUCCAGAUCAGCCAGCUUUGACAAUGUGUCAGAAAAGUCUGAAGAAAAGGAAGUGGCCAGCUCCAAGGAUAAGAGUCAGAGAGAUGGAAACAAGAGCUUCUUCAGAAACCUGAAGGUCAAACUGAAUAAAGGUUCCCAUCAUUACAUGUCCUCCAUUAUACGAACAAGUACCAGAUUAACUCAUCACCAUAUUGGAAUGAAGAAGAAGACUUUGAAGUCCGGCGGAGAAGAUAGUGCACCUGACACCCCAAAUACAUCAGUUGUAGACCCUGUACUAGUGGACACUUCUGUAGAGGGGGCCGAGGGAGGGGAACCAGGAGCUAGAGAAUCGACAGAGGAUAUUCUGGAGAAGUAUCGCCCGAAGCCCUCCACUAGUGCCACGUCAUCUCAGGAGAUAUCAGGACUCCCCAGUAUAGAUGUGACAGCCAUGAAAGAGAAGAGAAUGUCAGUGAAGGACGAGGACAUUCAGGGCCCCCCUCUGUAUGACCCAGAUAAUCUGGAGACGUGCUUUGCUUUCACGGACACAAAACGAAAACUGAGGCUUGUUCUCAGUAACACUGACAUACAGCUGGGUUAUAACCUCUUGGAAUUCUCCCCUCAAGUAAGGCAGGAAGGCGGAAAGACGGAUUCCUCCGAACUCUUCAAGAUGUUGAGGGGACAGCUUGCCGAGGCCAUAAACCUACAAGACAAGGACACUAUAGCCCAGCUUCACGAAGCCAUCCGAUGUGUUAGGCUCUUUGAUGGAGAAGGCUGUGGAAAAUUAGUACGUUCUUUACAAGAGGAUUAUCAGAGUAGAGCUGCUUAUAUUUCAUAUUUGAUUCGGUGUCGACAAGGCCUCCUGGGAACCCAUUCACAUCUCCAGCGUCUUCUGAGCAGAAUCAAGAGGGAUAAAGAAGUUUGUGGGAAUCACAUAACCAGGAUCUGUGUCAAGCUUUUCAUUGAGAGGAAAGAAAGCAGUGUUGUUAGGUUUAUGUCAGACUUCCAGAAACUCACUGUCGCAGAUGAAAAGACUGAUCAUGUGGAACAAUUUCUACAAUACUUGUAUCAAGCCAUGAACCAGGACCAGGUGUGGCAAGCUGCUAAUGAGAGUCAGAUGGAGGAUGCCCAGCUGGCUAUAGAGAGAUACAUUAUGAGUCGUAUCUACACACACGCCAUGUUUCCUAACGGAGAUGGAGACAUCAUGAGGGACCAAUUAUUUCAUGAGCACAUUAAGAAACUCAGCCAGGUGAUUACUCCUUCCCACAAGGACCUGAGGAUUCCACGUAUGUACCAGUUUGAGUGUCCAUGGACUGCCGCUCAGAAGGAAAUCUACAUGAUCAAUGCUUACAAGACCCCUAAGGACAAGGUCAAAUGUGUGUUCCGCUGUGCCACCACCAUCAUGAACCUCCUCAGUAUGGCUAACGAGAAAGCGGUCCCUGCGGCCGAUGAUUUCAUCCCUGUUCUCAUCUACGUCAUUAUCAAGGCCAAUCCCCCCUGUAUGUUAUCCACCAUCCAGUACGUACAGAGCUUCUACGGGAACAGAAUAGGGGGAGAGGAACAAUACUGGUGGAUUCAAUUCUGUUCAGCUGCCGAGUUUAUCAAAAACAUGGAAUACACAAAUGAAUGAUGAAUGUAUAUUAGUAUAUCUUGUACAGUAUGAAGUUUUAUUUAAUAUUGGAGUGAUGGUUGUAGAUUUUGAUUUUAUCAGUCACAUUUUUUGUAUUGAUACAAACUGUAUUACAAAACUGUGAUACAAACUAGAAAUUCAGAAAAAAAACCUGUUAAGUGAAAGCUGUAUUUUUUCCUUGACACCUUUAAAUUGAAUUAAUCUGAUCUUUAAAAAGUGUAUGUUUUUACUGUUAAAAUUUUAUUCCAUAAUAUUUUUGCAUUGGUCCAUUUCUUUUCCUUUAUUUCUUUUGAAAAGCCGUAUUGCAUAAGAUAUGGUUAUUUGAGCCAUAUGUAACAUAUGUCAUCAAAAUUAUGGUACAUCCAUAUAGUGAUUGCAAUUAAUGUAGAAAGAAAUGACAUACAAAACUAUUUCUUCAAUAUUGCAACCAAUCUCCCAUAUCUAAAACAAAGAAAGCAUUUACUUUUAAUGGAACUGUAUUCAUUUAUCUGUUAAAUAGAAUUGCAUUUGUUACAUCAGUUGAAACCAUAAUCAUAGUCAAUGAGUUCUUCUCUUAUGAUGUUGAUGAAUUUAAUCAUGCCUCUUCUUUGUUUUCUACAUUUACAUCAUAAUUAAAACGAAGUAAUUCACUUCAAAAACUGUUACCGAUGGACAAUGUUCUGGAACUUUUUAGCCUGUCUAUCUUUGUUAUUGUUGGGGCUCUUUAAUCAAUGCAGAUUUGUUAAAUUUAUGUGUUAGUGAUGUUGUAUAGAGUUUGCAGAUAGUCAGUGCUUGUGAUUAAGUUUUGCUGCUUUAUUUUCUGCUUUAAAUAUUAAUACAUGUAGUAGUAUUCUCUAGCUCUGUUUUGGUGUUAUUCCCACAAGGAAUUUUUUGUAAAGUCAGAUUUUCGUCAUUUGAUUAAUACCUGUUUAGUGCUAUGCUGAUUUAUCCCUACUCAGGAUCCUCCAAGACAAAUCUACAACAUUCAAAGUGUUCAUUUUGUCCUUGUACAUAUCACUGUCUUGGAUCUCCAAACACAGAGAUAUCAGCUGAAGUUAUUAAAAAAAGUAUGUGUCUGUUUUAUGCCAAGAGCUACAUGUACUUUUAUUGUUGUUGUAGAAGCUUUAAGUUUGUAUAAAAACUGGCAGUUUACUAAGUUUAUUUGUUUACUGCUGUAGUUAUAUACUUUUUUUGUUUACCUUGUAGAUAUCAAGCUGUGAUCAUUGAUUUUCUGUGUAAAUAUAUUGUACAAAUCUACAACUCCUUAUAAUGUUAUGGUGUCUAUGUUUUUGAUGGCACAUUUGUUAAAUAAGACACCUAAAAAUCAAGUACAUCUGAACAUUUUUCAUGUUUCUAUUACAUUGGCAGAAAGUGAUUGAGCUGUUUCUUAAUCAGUAUUUUUGAGUUCUGCCAAAUUUGCAGUGCUAUGCAUGCUUCAUAAUAAAUGGAGAGACUCAUUGUUUAUAUCUUCAUGACAUUGUUUUAUACAUACAGAAUGUACCAGCUAGUUCAGGUGUGGAGUAAACAUUGUAAAAAGACAGACAAAAUCAUAUUAAAUAAAUAUAAAUCUUGAAAAGUCAAAAA